GGAGACAAACCGACCAAAAUGAGGCUUGGAACGCAACCAGAAGCUCUCGCCACUGACACGCAUGCUCUCCAACACGACUUCUUGGAAGUAGGUGGCUGAUUUUCAGCUCGAUGUAAAGCUAGAGUUUCAAGCGAUUCAAAGCCCUGUUUCAUUCUGACUUCCUGGGGUUCUGAAAUCCGGAACAAGGCAGAUGAACAGACGUAAACAUCUCACUGAAUUUGAUUGUCGUGAACUGGCUCAGAGCAGGGAAGGUACUUAUGCUCUUACCCAACCUUUCAACCACAGGGGAACCAGCAGUUAUGCAUACAAUGGAUUAUAUCCUCGAAGCAAUACUGAAAGAGGAAAAAAGAGAGUUAGAUGCAAGACUGGCGACUGCAAGGUUGUGAAACAGGACACAAGUCUUCCUCGUCAACAUUCUACCAGUAUCGGUCCUAUAACUUUCUGUGCUGAAGACAUGGAUGACUCUGUGUCAGAUGAUGAGCUCAUGUCAACCUAUAUGGAUGAACACCCUGAACUCUUUGACAAGUAUGAUCUGCCCCAGUCAGAUCCCACGUCAAAUAGGAAAAGGCAUUUUAAUUUAAUAGGAAGUCACAGUUCAAAUGCAAAAAUCUGGCAUCCAGAUGGAGGCUUCGCUAUGCCAGCUUCAAGCAAGUUCAGCGAGGAGGAGGAUGAUGAUGAAAUGGCAUCCCUUUUAGAUAUGCAUUCUGAUCCUUGUUAUGGACUCCUGGGUACCAGUGAUGUUGAAGAGCUGCCUUGUGAACUGUUGAACCAGUUUCCAGAUGAACUUUUGCAGUGUAUAUUUGGCUUCCUUCCCAUCAGUGAUCUCUACUUGAACGCGAGCUUGGUGUGUCAUAAAUGGAAUGUCUUGAUCAGGGAUACGCUGUUUAUUCCAUGGAAAAAACUGUAUCACCAGUAUGUUGCACAAGAGACGCAUGCGGUAAACCAUAUUGACAUUCUUCUCAAACAGAAUGGAAUUAUUGCAGAGGACGAGUCCUGUAUCCUGAAGCUUGUAACGUACUUCUCCACCUUAAAAGGUUCACAGAUGACUGACCACAAGGCUGUUAUGGGCUGCCUGAAAUAUCAUCAUUUAUAUCCAGUUGCCGAAACAUGUGUUUUUCAAAGGUUGCCAGAACUGAAAGAAACUAGUGAGGCAGUGACUGCUUGGGCAGCACUUGCAGUGAUCGUGCUCCUGUCCAGUGAAGUUGGUGAUAUUCAGAGGUUGUUACGACUUGUGCAAAAUCCCAGUUCUAAACUGAGACUGGUUGAUGUCACAGAGACCUUCUAUUGUUUGACGACACUUCUCUCUGCAAUGAGAGAUCACAGGAUUUUAAUCAAUACACGGAUUCACUACAAUAUAUUCAGUUGUUUACAUCUUCUCGAGAAUGGAAAUCCAAUAUGGAACAUUCCUCAUUUUCAUGGUAGUUCAAGAAACCAUCGCAGCUUCACUUUGACUGAUGAGCAGCAGCAAAUCAUUAACCACGAUAUUGCCCCUGGACAAGUGAUGAAAAUCGUGGCUUUUGCCGGAACUGGUAAAACGUCCACUUUGAUCGAGUAUGCAAAGAAAAGGCCAACACUUCGUUUUUUAUAUGCAAGUUUCAACAAUUCAAUAGUGAAGCAUGCGGUCUGCGUCUUUCCUGCUAAUGUAACGUGCAAGACUUUCCAUUCAUUGGCCUUUGCUGCCAUUGGAAAAAACUAUAAUGCAAAGAAGAAACUGAACUCCUCCAAACUUACUGUAUAUGCUGUUAAUGAAGUGCUUCCAGAGGGCCAAGCUGGUUUUGUCAGAGCUAAGCUUGUUGCUAAGACACUUGGAAACUUUUUUGCUUCCACUGAUGACUCAAUUGAAAACGAGCAUGUCCCUAUUUGGUGCGUAAAUACUACCGGGAACCGUGAUUUGGUGAAACCAGAAGACCAGAAAUUCGCCGUGAGGAUGGCAGAAGAAAUCUGGGGGAAAAUGAAAUAUCUUGGGGAAACCAGAGAGCAUGCUUACAAAAUGACCCAUGAUGGCUAUCUGAAGCUUUGGCAGCUCCAGCAGCCAUGUCUUUCAUCUUAUGAUGCUAUCUUUAUCGAUGAAGCUCAGGAUUGCACUCCAUCCAUCAUGAAGGUUAUACAUUCUCAGACCUGUGGCAAAAUUUUUGUUGGAGAUCCUCACCAGCAAAUUUAUAAGUUUCGUGGGGCUGUCAAUGCUCUUAGUGAGGUGAUGCACACUCAUAUCUUCUAUCUCACGCAGAGCUUUAGAUUUGGUGCUGAAAUAGCAUAUGUUGGCGCCACAAUUCUUGAUGUCGGCAAGAAAGUGCGACGUAAACUUUUACUUGGAGUUAAUAAAGAAGGUACAGUCAGAGGACACUCUUCAAACAAAGUAGCAAUUUUGUGCAGAACCAAUUCCUGUGUCUUUGAUGAAGCUGUCAGAGUAACUGAAGUAGAAUCCCCUUCGAAAAUCCACAUUAUUGGGGGUUCAAAAAACUUUGGAUUGAAUAAAAUUUAUGACAUCUGGGUUCUCUUUCACCAAGCACAUUCGGGAAGUCAGCGAAACCUGUACAUUUCAGAAAAAUCUAUUUUCAUGUGGAAGAAGAGAGGGGGAUAUUCUGCAUUAAAAAAAUAUGCAAUAAGUUCCGAAGACAAGGAGCUGGAGGCAAAAAUAGCCAUUGUUGAAAAAUACAAGGAUCGAAUUCCUGAACUGGUGCAGAGAAUACACAACUGCAACACAGAAGAUAUGUUGAAUGCGGAUUAUGUUAUCGGUACGGUACACAAAGCAAAAGGUUUGGAAUUUGAUACUGUAUCAAUUGCCGAUGAUUUCAUAAGCAUUCCUGCUGCAAGACACAACCUGGAAAGACUGCGACUUCCGCUUGGGGUAGUGGAAGAAGAAUGGAAUUUGCUCUAUGUUGCAACAACUCGUGCAAAGAAGCAUCUUAUCCUAACAAAAAACGUAGAAAAUAUCUUAACUCUAGCUGGGGAAUACUUUAUGACAGCUGAGCUUACCAGCCACGUUUUAAAGGAGGGCCCCGUUUUGUGUGCUCUUGAUCACUGUGACAACCACCUUCUUAGUGACUCUAUCCUAUCUAUGAAGAAGCAACCAUUAAUUUACAGUGACAGAACCGAAGACAAAGGGGGCUACAUCUGCCAUGCAUGUGUUCUGCGAAGAGUUGGUCCUGUAACUUCAUUGAUGGCCUCUCUGGAGUUGGUAAAAUCCAUGAACUUCAAAGAGGAGAACAUACAUUUAAAUAGAUAUGCUGAAUUACUGUUUGCAGCUAUUUAAAGAACUCUUUUAAUGACCAAUAACACCUCUCUGUUCAGGACUUACAAACAAAUGUAAAAAAACAAAACUGGUGAUUGAUGCUGCAAUCAAUUAUGGAAAAACCAUGAAUGGAACUUCAGGUGUCAAAGCUGAUUAAUGUUUUGUGCCAGCGCUGCAACCUUCUGGAGGGGGUGUUAUUGCAUAUGUACUAAUUUCUUAUUUUAUUUGCCAAACAUGACAAUACAUUUUAAUCUUGCACAGUAUACACAGUACAAUCACACAACUCUUACUGUGCAUCUGCACUCUUAGAAUGAGGAAUCUUUUCUAGUUGCACAGAUGCUGCAUUCGGGGCCGGGAACCGUGAUUGUGUGAAUUUCAUUUUAAUAUGUACAUUAUGCUAGAGAUUGUGGUUAAAUCAGCACUUGCCUGUAAAUGAAUUCUCAUCCACUCUUUUUGUAUAUUAUGACCAGUUCACUUUAAAUAUCAGGUUGUCAAGAAAUGUGUGUGAUUUAUAUUUUACAUUCUCUAUGUAUUAAAGCAUCUUUGUCACUUU